AUGGAGAAGAGGGUUGUUUAUCUAGUUACAGGAUACUGGUACUUCUGGUCUCUUCUUUUGCUGAGUUUAUUUGGAAUCCUCUUUGCCUACACUUCGUUGCUGGUGAUACUUGGAUUUUUGUUGGUUUGGGAAGGGUAUGAACUGUACCUGCACUGGAAUCAUAAGAUUCUGAUUGUGCUAGUGAUUCUGAUAUGCACAUUUUUCAUGGCGGUUUUAUGCAUUUACUGGAAUGACAGGUGGCUGACAUUUGGGCUCUCACUGAAGGUCUUUGCUCCCUACCUGCACCUGAGCUGCAUAACCAUGAUGGUUCUCCUUUCCUAUCCCGUGGCCUUCUAUUUGGUCACUUUGGAACAAGAAGCUAUAUUCAGAAGAGACAAGAUUACACAUCAUAAGAGAAAGAGAAGCAAGAUAUUUUCUAGACUCACAAAGCUGAGAGCUGCACAAGUGGCUAUUGGAUUGCCUUUUUUCUUUAUCCUUUUAUGUCUGUGUGUGGUGCCAUGGGGAUAUUAUUCUCCCUGCCUUGUGGAGAAGAAUAAAUUGGGACCCAAACCAGACCUCUUUGGACAUAGAGGUGCACCCAUGCUGGCACCUGAGAACACCAUAAUGUCCUUUGAGAAAGCUGUUGAAAACAGGGCCUUUGGACUGGAGACUGAUAUAUACAUAAGUAUUGAUGGGGUGCCUUUUCUCAUGCAUGACCAUGACCUGAGAAGAACAACCAAUAUCAUGGAGGUCAUGCCAAAUUCAUCCCGCAUACAAAGUUCCUUCUUCUAUUGGAGUUUCUUGUCAACUCUGAAUGCUGGCAAAUGGUUUGUAGACUCAUGGCGCCAACCAUUUCACAAUAUGAAACCCUUAUCAGAGGCAGAUAAAGAAAAAGCAAGAAAGCAGAUGAUUCCGAAACUAAGUGAUUUAUUGAAAAUUGCAAAGCAGGCGAAAAAAUACGUGAUAUUUGAUCUUAAUGGCCCUCCACCAAAACAUCCUUUCAGAAACACAUAUGUACGCCAUGUAGUAAAAGUGAUACUUGACACUAAAAUUGAGCAACAUCUGAUUUAUUGGUUGCCUGGUUUUGACAGGGAUUAUGUCAAACAGAAAGCUCCUGGUUUUCAACAGGUGGGCCGGUUAAGCCCCGUUGAAGAACUUAGAAGAGAAAAUAUCAGUAUAAUAAAUGUUGACUACAAGAGGUUAUUUCACAAUGGGUUGAGAGAUUAUAAAGCAGCUGACAUCACCAUCAACUUGUAUAUCGUCAAUAAGCCUUGGGUCUUCUCACUGGCCUGGUGCUCCAGGAUUCACUCAGUGACCACAGAUAACAUUGAGCUUCUGAGGCAGAUAGAUUACCCUUACUACUUCAUGGUGCCAAGUUACUACAGGAUCAUGUGGCUUUUCCUGGAUAUUCUUACUGUAGUUUUCAUUUUUGCCAUAUUUUGUUUUCACUGGUGGAGAGAGAACCAAAUAGAAAAAGUCUUUGAAAGCAGCAGCAGUUACACAGACACUGAAAGUAUAAGCCUCAAAAGGAGAAAAAGUGAGAAAGCAGAAACUUUUAGUAUGACUGUAGAGCCUCUGCCCCAAGCUGGGGAAAGUCCUCAGACUCCAGUAGCCCCCGCCCCUGAUCUAACCAGAGCAUAA